AUGGCCUUUCACUCCUCACCAAAAGAUUCAAAACUUGCGGCUGCUCAAUACAAUCAUCCACCGGAAUAUCCAGUGAGGGAGGUCUGUGGCGGCAUCGAUGGAGCUUAUGAAGGAAGUGAUAUUCUUGGCCGGAUAAUCGCCGGUGUUGUAGGUUAUAAAGGGAACCCGUCAUGCUAUGAUACAAAUCAAUACAUUCAUCCUAGUGAAACAUCUGUGGGUUGGAGAUGGCCACUAAAAGUGACAAUUUUGGUAUUUAGACUUGCAGUGAAAUGGUGUUAUCCAUCGGCUGUGGUAGAAAAGACACUAUGUUCCCCCCAGCACCUUAUAGUUUCGAGAAUCAUGCUGAGUAUUGCAAAAGCUUGUAUGGCGUUCGGCCUUGGCCCCAUUGGGUCACAACGUAUUAUGGAGGUCAUGUAUGUCUUUAUCAUUUAUCUCCUCAAAAAUUUUGAAGAAUUUAUUUAA